AUGACCUGUUUUUACCUCUACAAUUCAGCCAGACCUUUUAUAUCCCCUCUACUAAGAACACACGACUUGCCAUUAGUGCAGCAAGCACAUCAGCUGCACAGCCAAGUCCCCCAUGCCAACCAAGUCCAUCAUGCCAACCAAGUCAAUCAAGCCAAUCAUGCCAAUCAGUACUCAAGCUCUACAGUAAACCAAAGUCAAAGCUCAUGCCCUACCGCCCCUACCCCCACUACCUCCUCUCCUACUUCAACCACCAUCUCUGACCACCUCACCCACACCGAAACCCAGUGUCACGCCACCACCUCUGGCCACCUCACCCAAACUGAUGCCAAGGUUCGUGCCACCUCCUCUACCCUCCUCACCCACACCAAUGCCAUUGCCCAGGGUCGUGCCCCCUCUGACCUCCUCACCUCUGACCACCUCACCCACUCCGAUGCCCAGUGUCACGUCACCUCCCCUGCCCACACCACCUCCCCCACCACCUCUGACCACCUCACCCACACCGACGCCCACGGCCGCGCCUCCAUGGUGGACGUGAGUGGCAAGGCCGCGACGCGACGCUCUGCCACGGCCACGGCCACGGUGCGUCUGGGCGCUAAAGCCUACGGCCUGGUGCGCGACAACCAGCUGGCGAAGGGCGACGCGCUGGGGGUGGCGCGGCUAGCGGGCAUCAUGGGGGCCAAGCAGACGGCCGCCCUCAUCCCGCUGUGCCACCCGCUGGCGCUGGACCACGCCGCCGUCUCCGUGGAGCUGCGGGAGGACGGCGAGUCGGCGGUGGUCACGGCGACGUGCCGAACGAGCGGCCCCACCGGCGUGGAGAUGGAGGCGCUGACGGCCGUUACCGUGGCGGCGCUGGCGCUCUACGACAUGUGCAAGGCCGUCAGCCGGGACAUCGUCAUCACCGACGUCAAGCUGCUGGCCAAGACGGGAGGGCAGCGGGGAGACUACACGCGGCAACAGACAUAAACACACACACACACACACACACACACACACACACACACACACACGCACGCACACACUCUCCAUACACACCUGGCCAAAAUGGGAGGGCAGCGGGGAGACUACCAGCCGCAGUAGUGAUGAACACACACACACACACACGCACACACUCUCUCUCCAUACACACCUCUUCAAGACGAGAGGGCAGAGGGAGGACUACACGCGGCAGCAGUUAUGAACACACUCUCUCUCAGCGGUCAUAAACACACACUCUCCAUACACACCAGAGGGGAGACUACACACGGCAGCCGUCAUAAACACCUCUCUCUAUCUCUAUCUCUCUAUCCAUCUCUCUCUCUCUCUCUCUCUCUCUCUCUCUCUCUCUCUCUCUCUCUCUCUCUCUCUCUCUCUCUCUCCACACAUACACCUCUCCAACAUGGAGAGCUGGAGCAGAGACUACCCUGCCUCUCCGCCUCUCUCCUUCUCCACACAUUUCUCUCCUGGCGUGCAUUUCUCAAAAGCGUAGUUAUUAGCAGUUAGCAAUUUCGGUAGUUGCAAAUGGGAAAUUGCAUUGCAACCAACAAAGUAGCUAACAUAGUUAGCAACUACGCUUUCCAGAAAUACACCCCUGGACAGGGAUACGGAGAAGAGACUGCCGACGUCAUCAUCAUCAGAUAUGAACUCCCGUCUCUCUUGAAACCACGCACAUGUCUCCAUUCCACUGCUGUCUCU